AUGGCACUUGCUUGUGUACCUGCGACCUUCGGGAACAUCAGCUGGUUUGGUGCUGAGGUCAUGUCCCUGGAGGCGGACCUUGUUACCAACUAUAGUAUCUCUGUUCCCACGGAUGUCCGGUACACUCAGCCAGCCGUGGAGGUUACCAACGCCAGUUUCUGCAACGUCACAGUGGCUUACACUCACCCUGGUCAGGAUGAUACCGUUAUUGUUGAAGCCUGGCUUCCCUCCGGCCGGUGGAAUGGACGUCUUCAGGCCGUGGGAGGCGGCGGGAUGCUUGCUGGGCGCUCGGUUGUCUACUACACUGCCAUGGCCGGAGCGAUCGCUGACGGAUAUGCAACGGUAACGACUGAUGCUGGUCUGGUAAAUGCCUCCGUUGAUGCCAUCCCGUGGGCACUUCUGAGUCCCGGCAAUGUGGACCUCUACGCUCUGCAGAACCUUGCAUCGGGUGUUCUAGCAAAAUCUCUGAUCAAGUCUUACUACGGGCGUGGACCUGACUAUUCCUACUUCAAUGGCUGCUCCCAAGGCGGCCGACAGGCACUGAUGCUUGCCCAGCGCUAUCCAACUUCUUUCGAUGGCAUCGCAGCAGGAGCGCCUGCAAUUUACUGGAAUAAUCUCGUUCCCUUUCUCUUGUGGCCACUGCAAGUCAUGAACAUGCUAGGCGAAUAUCCCCAUGAAUGCGAGCUGGAGGCUAUCACGGCUGCUGCGGUCUCGGCUUGUGAUGGCCUAGAUGGCGUAGUCGACGGUAUCGUCACCGAUGUCGACGGCUGCCUGGCUAGCUUCCGACCCUUUGACCUCGUGGGAAGCGCCACCAACUGUUCCGAGGCACGUGUUGUCACCUCUGCGGCGGCCGCUGUUGCCAACGCGACUUGGCAUGGAACGCGGAAUGCUCAAGGCGUUCAGACGUGGUUCGGACUGAACCCAGGUAGCGGCUUGAGAUUUGGUGUCGUGGGGACUGAUUGUACGGGUCCAUCUUGUGUGAGUGCGCCUUUCGCUCUCGCUGCGCAAUGGUUCAGCCGGUUCAUCGCGAGAGACGCGGGCUUCGACUUGACCAAUCUGAGCCACGUCGAGUUCGACGCGCUAGCUCACCAGGGCCGUCAAAGAUAUGAUUCCAUUAUCGGGACUCUGGAUGCGGAUCUGUCUGCUUUCCGUGACGCCGGUGGAAAGCUUGUCACAUUUCAUGGCAUUAGUGAUGAGAUAAUCCCACCGAAAACCUCGGUCAAGUACUACAAUGAGGUCUCGGCCCUCAUCCCGGACAUCCAUGACUUCUACCGCCACUUUGAGGUGCCCGGGAUGCAGCAUUGCUUCGGAGGACGAGGGGGAAAUCCGACGAGUCUUUUUGAUCAGCUGAGAGCAUGGGUUGAGAACGGGACCGAGCCGGAAAACACACAGGUGGAGAUCACAGAUCUAGCCGGAGCAUUGCAGCAUCGUGUCUUGUGCCCUUACCCACAAAAGUCCAUCUUUGACCAUGAUUGCGGCACGGCGGCUGAUGCUUCAUGCUGGACUUGCGCGUAG